UUUGUAUGUAACUUUAUAUAUAAUAUCCAAUGGAUGAAGAGUCCGAGGCCCGUCCAUCACCAGACAACUUCCUCGACUACUUACCCUGGGCCUGCAAACAGUUGCAGAUGCAAUGCGAAAUCGCUAUCACCAAAAUAUAUCAAAAUGAGUACGUCAGUGUGGCUACGGCGGAAAAAUCUAAGAGGAUCAAAAGCAAGAUUAAGUUGACAGCAUCCCGUUACGAUGUCAAUUCAGAUCAGUACAGAGAUGAUGUCUCAGAGGCUGGUCUCCAGCCGAUCGUAGUGGACAACAAGGUCAUCAGAAUAUCAGCUGUUUACGAUUCAUUUGAUAACUUAGUUGAGAUUCGUUUCGAGAGGAACUUGAAUAUACCGCGGAUGGUGUUGAAGGUGAUAGCUCUCAUCAUCAGGUUCCAGUCAUUCAUCAGCAAGGUCACCAUCAGGGGCGGCAUGGACAAAUACACCGUGUACGAAAUCAAUAAAAUGAUGACUUCAUCAAACCUAACAGAGAUCUGUUUCGACGGAGCGUUCCUCAAGGAAGCCAAUUACGACAUCCUGCUGGAAAACAGCACCUCCAUACGGAGCCUGUCGCUGUCCAGGUGCAAGAUCGGCGAUGACGUCAUCAAGAAAAUAUCAGCCAAACUGACGUUCCCGUCACCGGCGUCGCUGACUCUAAAUAUUCUCAAUAUAUCAACUAACAGAUUGACCGAUGUCGGGGCGAAGUAUAUAGCGGAGGCUCUGCGGACUAAUAGACGGCUGUGUUACCUUAAUGUGUCCGGUAACAGAAUCACCGAUGAUGGACUGGGUUACAUCCUGGAUAGCCUGGUAGAGUUCCCGUUGAGCUGUGACGAACUGAUAUCAGCUAGAGCCAGGCAUAUGCUGUAUCUUAAACAAAAGAACGUACUCAUAGAAAGAAUGAUAGACGAGAUAAAAGCCGGUGAGUUUGACAAACGCGCGGCGAGAAGAAAGUCUACUCGAGUCCCGGCGAUAAGAAGAGGCAAGCUGGAAAAGGAAUCGUCCCUGAAAUCUCUCGCUGACGCGAAGAGCCUCGCUAACAUGGACAUAUUUUAUUACGACAAGGCCGUCAGUGUGGUUGAGAACACGCUGGGGGAAUUCAGCGAUCCGUACAGCGCUGGCAACACCAUCGAGAGAUACGGAACCGUGUAUUGCAUGGGAUGCAACUCCCUCUGCUACCUGAACGUGGCCUAUAAUAACUUAUCAUAUCUAUCAGUCAAGAAAAUCCUCAGCGUUUUGUUGCACCAGAAACUGGUUGAUAGAAAACCUAGGGGUUUGAUCAAUUUGUGCAUCGAAGGGAACAGUCUACCAGCAUCAUGUAGGGAGCUUGUUCAGGUCGAUGACCUCCUAGAAGCAGGUCUCGUGGCCCACUCCAGGAGAUACUCCAACACCUCCAAGAAACGCCCCCAAUCAAAGACUACGCCGCGUUGAUUACAUUAUUACUAUUAUUAUUUAGUUUUAAUCGAAUAUAUAUAUUUUUUGAAUUAAUCAUCGU